GCGAGGGCAGGGGCAGGGCCGAGGGCAGGGCCUGGCGCGGCGCCGGGCAGCGCGGCUGCAUGAGGUUGAUGCUGCUGUGCUGCACCUGGAGGGACGAGCCUAUGGGAGAGGACGAAGGGGCCGACCUGCCGGUGUGUGCGAGCUGCGGGCAGGGCAUCUACGACGGGCAGUACCUGCAGGCGCUGAACGCCGACUGGCACGCCGACUGCUUCAGGUGCUGUGAGUGCGGGGCCUCGCUGUCCCACCAGUACUACGAGAAGGAUGGGCGCCUGUACUGCAAGAAGGAUUACUGGGCACGCUUUGGGGAGCUCUGCCACGGCUGCUCUGAGCAGAUCACCAAGGGGCUGGUCAUGGUGGCUGGGGAGCAGAAAUACCACCCCGAGUGCUUCAGCUGCCUCAACUGCCGCACGUUCAUCGGGGACGGGGACACCUACGCGCUGGUGGAACGCUCCAAGCUCUACUGCGGCCACUGCUAUUACCAGAUGGUGGUGACGCCGGUCAUCGAGCAGCUCCUGCCGGAGUCGCCGGCGUCGCGCAUCCCGCACACCGUCACGCUCGUCUCCAUCCCCGCCUGCUCCGACGGCAAACGCGGCUUCUCCGUCUCCAUCGACCAGGGCUGCGGCGCCGAGCACCCGCGCACCGUCCGCGUCAGGGAGGUGGAUCCAGACUGCAUCAGCCCCGACAUGAAGAACUCCAUCCACGUGGGCGACCGCAUCCUGGAGAUCAACGGCACCCCCAUCGGCCACGUGCCCCUGGAUGAGAUCGACCUACUGAUUCAGGAGACCAGCCGCCUGCUCCAGCUGACCAUCGAGCACGACCCCCACGAGCCCCUUGCCCACGAGCCGGGCCUUGCCUGCAGCCCCCUGCCCGCGCCGUGCAGCCCCCUGCGCUCCCCGGCCCCCCUGCCCUGCGCGGAGCCCAGCGCCAUGCGCCAGCGGACUGUCACGAGGAGCUGCAGCACGGACAAGUCUCCGGUGGGCUCGGUGGGCUCGCCCGCGUCCCAGCGCAAGGACAUCGGCCGCUCCGAGUCGCUGCGCGUCGUGUCCCGCGCCCAUCGCAUCUUCCGCCCCUCCGACCUCAUCCACGGCGAGGUGCUGGGCAAGGGCUGCUUCGGACAGGCCAUCAAGGUGACGCAUCGGGAGACGGGCGAGGUGAUGGUCAUGAAGGAACUGAUCCGUUUCGAUGAGGAGACACAAAGGACCUUCCUCAAAGAGGUGAAGGUGAUGCGCUGCCUGGAGCACCCCAACGUGCUGAAGUUCAUCGGGGUGCUGUACAAGGAAAAGAGGCUCAACUUCAUCACAGAGUACAUCAAGGGAGGCACCCUGCGGAGCCUCAUCAAGAGCAUGGACAGCCACUACCCCUGGAGCCAGCGGGUCAGCUUCGCCAAGGACAUCGCCGCCGGCAUGGCCUACCUCCACUCCAUGAACAUCAUCCACCGUGACCUCAACUCUCACAACUGCCUCGUGCGGGAGAACAAGAGCGUGGUGGUGGCUGAUUUUGGCCUGGCACGGCUGAUGGUGGAUGAGAAGAACCAACCUGAACAUCUCAAGAACCUGAAGAAACCGGACCGCAAGAAGCGGUACACGGUGGUGGGGAACCCGUACUGGAUGGCUCCCGAGAUGAUCAAUGGGAGGAGCUACGAUGAGAAGGUGGACAUCUUCUCCUUCGGCAUCGUCCUGUGCGAGAUCAUCGGCCGGGUGAGCGCCGACCCGGACUAUCUGCCCCGCACCACUGACUUCGGCCUCAAUGUCAGGGGCUUCCUGGACCGCUACUGCCCCCCCGCCUGCCCUCCCAGCUUCUUCCCCAUCGCUGUCUGCUGCUGCGACCUGGACCCCGAGAAGCGGCCGCCCUUCAGCAAGCUGGAGCAGUGGCUGGAGACCCUGCGCAUGCACCUGGAGAUCCGCCUGCCGCUGGGCGCGCAGCUGGAGCAGCUGGACCGAGCCUUCGGGGAGACGCACCGGCGGGCCGAGCCCGGGCUGCCCGCGCCCCCCCGGUAGAGCCCCGCGCCCCGCACCGCCCUGGAGCCACGGGAGCAGGAGCUGCGCCCACCGCCCGCGCCUCCUCCGGGGCUGGAUCCCGGGGCGUCCCCGCCGAGCCCCUCACGCCGCCUGCCUGCGCCCUCCCUGGGAGCUGGCUCUCCCGGGGCUGCACGGCCCCUGUGCCCCCCACCUCACGCCCUCGCUCUCUCCCCCCGGCCAGCUCCAGCGCGGGGCCGUGCCCGUGUGCCGGCUCGCUUCGCCUCUGCACGCCCGGGGCCGCGCGGCCGCCGCACCCACACGAGCCCCGUGGGCUCCCCCGUCCAGAGCCGCGGCCUCGCGGCGGUGCCUUGGCUUUCCGUGAACUUGCACUGCGACACAGGAGGGACUCCCCGCUUCCUUGGGAGGGGGGCACACGGCCCCCAGCGCCCCCCUCCCCUCCAGGGCAGCCUCGUAGCAACGGCCUCGUCCUCAGCCGGACCCUCUCACGCUGCUUCUACCGGAACCCCGGGCUCGGGGGGGCUGCCGGCACCCCUGGCCGAGCGAGGGGUCUGGGGGCGGCAGGGACGACCCCGCCGUGGCUUGGGGACAGGCACACGGUAGCCCCCCCUGCCCCCACGUCCCCAGUGCCUGUGCUGAGCCGCGGCCGUGCGUCCCUGGGCACGAGGCCGGGGGAGCCCGCAGGGGUUGCGGGGCUGCGGCUCCGGUCGGUCCCGUGGCCAGGGCGGCUGGGGGGCUGCGCCACGCGGUGCUUUUCAUGCUCCUUAUUCAGGUUCAUUUUUCUGUAAGAUAUUUAAAGAGAAGAGUUUGUAUUAUUUUUUCA